GGUGGCGGCUGUGGCUGCGGCAGCGGCGCUCGGCGGCAGCGACGACGAUAACGACGAUGCGCGACGGUUAGUAAACUUUUAUCCACGGUCCAAUCGCUACGCCUGUUGCAACCGCUGACGCUGCAGUCGUCCAACUAUCCUUCCGUUUGUCAACGAAUAUUAUAAAAAAAAAUUAUUUUUGAUCGAAAGACGACUCCACUACUGUUAUGCAAUCCGUCCGACGGUUAUUGGCUUGCACGUUCGUCGCGAUCGCUGUGUGUCGGUGUAUCGGUGCCCCGUCGUGUUCUCCGGAUAAGUUAGCCAGGUAUCGGGUGGUGGUACGCACGUUCUGGACCCGUGACCGGUUCCCAAAACAUUUCCCUGAAUGGAGACCACAAGCUCAGUGGAGCAAAGUCGUCGGAAGAUCACAUUCUAGAGGUUAUACCAUGUUCCGAGAAGGCACGCCAGCAUCCGAAAGUGUUCGCAUGUUUGCUAAGACUGGGCGCAGUGACAAAUUGGAUGAUGGCAGCGGUGAAAGUUUUAAUGGAAGGAAUGGUGGAGGGGACGCCGAAGAUACUAUACUGAAUACAUUUGUGGCGCCCAGCGUAUCAACAGGAGCUGCUUGGACUCAAUCGCAAUUCUUCGUGGAUGGAAACCACUCUAGGGUUUCAUUGAUGUCACGAAUGAUUCCAUCUCCGGAUUGGUUUAUUGGUAUAGAUUCAUUUGAUCUUUGCGUGAAUGGUAACUGGCUUGACAGCAUCACUAUUGAGGCUGAUCCAAUUGAUGCGGGAUGCGACAACGGCUUCACGUUUACAGCGCCAAACUGGCCCACCGAUCCACAGGGCAUUGUAUACCGAAUAAAAAGCAACUAUCCAUCACAUCCUGCCAGCUCUUUUUAUUAUCCACAGUUCAAUAGGUUGCCGACCAUAGCGACUUUUCAAUUUAUAAAAAUCAAAGAAUACGAACAGUCUUUAAACGGCAGAGGACAGGCAUCAGACCCCACAGUAAAAAUCGAAGAAAGCGUUAUUAAAGUUUUAAAUGGUGACAGCGAUAGCGAUCGUGCGGUACAGUUGGAAAUGGAACAGCAAAGACGAGAACAAGAGUACAAUAACUAUAAAAGUAUUGGUGAUAAUAAAGUAUCGGUUUCCAACGUCACAUCGUCAAUAUCAAUACCAAAAGGUAAUAAAGAAGCGCUGAUGAACAGUAUUUUGGACAACUAUCAUGUUCGGAAACAUAAGAAAACUCAUAAAAAAUCAAGUUACCGGGACUGCCGAUUAGGUGUCUGGUCUGAAUGGAGCGCAUGUAGCGUGUCUUGUGGCAUCGGCGAAAUGCAGAGGCGCAGAGAAGUGAUAAAACAUCCAAAAGGAGCUGGACGGCAGUGUCCACCAUUGUUGCAGACUAAAUGGUGUGGGAGUGCCAAAGACUGUCCCCCAGAAACACAUUUUGAGUGGUAAUAAUAUAAGUUAAAAUAACAUACAUAAUUAGUAUUAUAUUCUGUAUAUUAUUGUAAUAAUAUUAUAUCCAUUAUAAUAUAUAUACUGUAUAUCAAAUAAUUUAAUAAAAUAAUAAUUAUUAUUAUUAACAAUAAUUUCAUUUUAUAAAAAAACACCAUUUACCAUACAAAAUGUUGAUCAAUAAUAAUUGAUCCAGAAUUACAAUUUCUUAAAUUUCAAAAACAUUCUUCACGUACAACAUAAUAUAGGUAUUUUAUUAUACAUUUCUAUUAAAAGCACUAUGGUAUUGUGCCAAAAGUAUCGACAACCAAAUCGUGUUACUACCCUUAUAUUUAUCGUCCUUCUCCUUCAUAUGAUAAUUUUUGUCUCAUCAUUUUUUUAAAGACAGAUUUGUAAAAUUUACUGUAAAAUAUUUACUUGUAUAGAUAAGAUAUAGGUCUACCAAGAAUUUAGAUCAUUUUAAGACUAUGUAUCUAUAUAUUAUAUUAUAUUUAUAACAGUACCUAUGUAUGUUAAGACGUGUAUAUUAUAUUAUUUUUUCCAUUCUGGUGGCCAAGUUAAUUAUUAAUUAUAAAUUAUAAUUAAUUUUACAAUUACGUUUUUCACAUCAAAUAUUAUAUGUAUUAAUUUUACGGAAUCAAAAAUUUUUAUAAACGGUACUAUUAUAUUAUUUAAUGUCUGAUACCUUGUGGUUUUUUUGUUUUGUCGAACGAUAUCUUUAUUAAAAAAAUACAUACUUAAUAUUAUUAUAAAAAGCAAAACAAUAAUUAAAUUUGUAAAAUCUGUUGAAAAUUGAUUAUUUAUAAAAUUAUAUAAAUAACUUAUCUUCUUUUUAGUAUUUUAUUGUGUAAUAUAUU